AUGGCAAUCGACGAUCUCUCAACCAUCGAUGCCUCUAAAGAGAACUGGUGUAUUGUCGCAAAGGUGAACCGGUUGUGGCUUAGUCCAAGCCUAUAUGGAUCCAAGCUUCCAUUUUCCAUGGACAUGAUACUCAUGGAUGAGAAGGGUUGUAAAAUACAUGCUUCCGUUCGGAAGACUCUGAUAUACCGAUUCCAAUCUUUACUAAGUGAGGGUCGUGUAUAUCAGAUUUCGUUCUUCGGCGUUGGAGAAAGCGGUCGUGAUUUCCGACCGACCUCGCAUCCUUUCAAAAUUAACUUUGAUAUUCAUACAUCUGUGCGCUUGGUUCCCAACAAGACCAUUGACUUGAGCCCGUACAAUUUUGUACCAAUAUCUGAUAUAAUGUUCAAGGAUCUUGAUACGUCUUUUUUGAUAGAAUUCGAAAAAGAUGGUGGGAAGCAAAAAAGAAUUACGAUUGAACUUGAUCAAGAUGGGGCUCGGGUUGAAUGCGCCUUUUUUGGAAAGUAUGUCGAUGAGGUCGUUGGUUACCUUGGAUCUGCUGAUGCAACCAAUGUCGUUGUUGUUGUGAGUUGUGUCAAAGUCAAGCCCUUUAAAGGUAAGACAAGUCUCCAAAAUGUUUACGGAGCUACCAAGGUGAUUUUUAAUCCUCUCAUAGAAGAAGCUGCCCCCCUCCGAACUAGGUUUUUGGAAUCACAUGAUAGUGCAGUGCAUGUCAUUAGUCCGCUGCAAGAUUCUGCAAGAAAAACUGCCCCUGAAGAUGAUUUUUUAAAGCAGAAUGAUGGGAAAACCAUUGAGCAACUAAAAGAUCUUGCAGAGCAAAAAAGGAUAUCAAGCAAGUUAUUGAUCAUCUAA